AUGGUUUACAACAAGCACAUUGGCACACUGGCUAUAGCAGAUUCGAAGAUGCUGUGCUUGCGACGAGACUAUUCGGAUACAUUUCUUCUGAAAACAGCACUUAAACGACCAUCACCUAAAAUUGUUUCCGUGGAAAUGCCAUCCGAAGAGGCAGUGAAUUUUCUGCAAGUAGCUACGAGCGACCCCGAUUCGGAACGUAUUCUGAGAGAUCGACCGCAGCUGCAUAAAUUCAUCUCGAAAUUACGUGCAGCAGUUUCACGUUUACACGUCAACAGUCUUGAAUCAGUGGUCGUUGAAACAAACGGUAAGGAGCUGCUUGAGGAGCUGUGUUGUGCGCAGACUCCACGUGAAAAUCAGACAGAAGUACCAGCCGAAUGGAUGACUUUCAUAUGGCCAUAUGUUUCAAUACUUGGUGAACGUUUGCGCCUGUUGUUGAAUCCGGAACAUCCAUACAGUUUCGACUAUUCACCGGAAUGGAAAGGCCUGAACAAAGAAACGAUGGCAAGCGAAGCAGCACGCAAACUUACGUUUGAGCAUUGGCCACACAUGGACUACAGAUGGGCAUUGCCAGCACAGAUGGCAGAAGCUGGCUUUUAUCAUCAGCCGAACAGAUCGGGCGAAGAUCGUGUGCUAUGUUUCGCAUGCUUUUUGUGUCUGGUAUGCUGGGAGCCAUCAGAUGAACCAUGGUAA